AUGCAACAAAUUCAACUCUCUGAACAACAAAUAAGAAAGUUCAUUGAAACAUCAAAAGGACUUUCAGAAACAACUUUUAAAACAUGGUUAACUGCAAAACUCAGUAAUUUUCAGGAAGAAAUGAAAAAACUUAUUUUAGCAUUAGUUUCUGAACAACAAAAAUAUAAAAAUCAUAUAGAAAUUAAAGAUGGAGAAAACAUUGCAAAUACUAUUAUUUCUAUUUGGAAUAGUUGUAUUAGUUUAAUUGAUAUUAUAUCACAUGAAAAAACACUAACAAUGAUGUUACAAAUCAUUUAUAAUUGUAUGAAGCAGUUUGUUAAUAUUUAA